AUAUGGCGGCCAAAACAAAAUGUCAAGAAUUUGGACAUAUCGAACAAAUAGUGUAUGCUUCGUUAUAGGGUUUAAUAAAAUAAAACAGAAUGGCGAAGAAGAAACCUAGGUCUGGUAGGAAACCUAAAAAGCAGGGUCCAUCAUUAGAAGAUGAAGUUCCAGUGUACACCAGUUUGCCUCCUAUGGUUGAGGGACAGCUGAGAUGUUUCCUAAGACUGAGUGUCAACCAGAUCCUGUGGCUUCUCCCCACUCCACCAGAACUGAGCCAAGUUAGAGUGAAAUGGUGGGGAGAGGAGGGACUGGGGGCAGUGUUCAGGCCACUGAAUGUUAAAGGGAGUGACAAAACCCUGCUGAAGACCACAGCUCGUUAUGCCAUCAGAUCUGGGCCGAAACAACUCACAGCAUACCUUACAGAUAUGGGACCCCUGGUGUUGGAAGUCCUCAGUGGUGUUGAGAUGACACUGGUUGGUCAGGCGCAGAUUGACCACAUUAAUACUCUGUCACCUGUUAAGCCCAUUAAUGGGUUCUUUCCCGUAAUGUCUGCGAAUGAUGAGAAGAUAGCAGAGUUGCAGGUCUCUUUGUCCUUGGAAACUCUUACAGGUACCUAUGAUUCCUCUGGGUCGGUCCCUACCACAGAUAUGAGCACAGAGCUGCCUUUCCAUCAAGACCACCAGAGUGCAGCACCUCCCAGGACAGCCCCACUCCCACACCCUAGGUUUGCUGCCACAAGCUCCAGUGAAACUGAAGAUCCUUUCAAAUCACCAGCUCCUCUUAAGACGUACAGAAUAUCACCAGGUGAUAAACCUGACACUUCCAAAGCUGGUUAUCACAAUAUAGAGUCUAGAGCAUCAGUGCAUGAAGAGCCCACAAGAGACAUUCCCAUUUCUGAAAUUUCACGACCUGGAUUGACAGGCAAUAUUAAGUUAAACCCCUCAAGUCAGGCAGGCACUGAUUUGGUCUCUGAGCUGCUGGAAAGAGGCUCCAAGCUCAAGGAAGCCAUGGUGAUGUCCACUGUGGACAGAGCCCAAGGAGAGGCUCCAGUAGUGCCUGAAAUAGAUGCUGUGUUGGAUGUGCCAGAGAGUGCUAGGUCUAGAGGUUCCUCUGGCAGUCUGUUGAAGGAGAUACUGGAGCGCAGUGAAGACCUACAUGAAAUUGACGCCACAGACUCUGACACUGCAGACAUAGAAACCAGGGCUGUUGACUUGGUCUUUGGGGCUAAUGUCACUGGGAAAGAAUUGAAGGCUUUGAGAGGACUAAGUGGUCACUCUGAUGACAGUAUGUCCAGUGAUGAAGAAGUGUUCAGUGAUAUAGGAGAUCCAGUCCAUGAUGACAGCAUACUGCAUGAACUCUUCUAUAAGAAUCCAGACACGGAUAGCAGUAGCGUAACAGAUGUGAGCACAGAUGAAGAAGACAAUGGAAGAAAACGCAAAAGAAGACCACCUUCAGUUGCAUCAUUAGAGGAACCAGGAAACAUUAGACCACCAUCCAGGCAGUCUUCUCGCUCCAGUUCAGCCAUACCACCUCAAACAAACAACACCCUGUCCAGGAAAUCCACUACACCUAAGAAGACCCCUGAGGACAAAGGAAAGCGUAGGAAGUCCCUGAAGAAAAGGACCAGGUCUCACAGCCGUGACAGAAGUGGAAGUGACCUGAGUGAUUCUGAUGCCAGGAGUGUAGCGUCCAGGGGCUCUGAGGGCUCCCGAGUGUCUUUUGAUAUGACACCGUCUGAUGCUGAGGAGAAUUCUGCAUUAUCCAAGCUUCCUAAGGAUGCCCCAGUGGAUGGUCUUAGUGUCGAGAGACUAACACUGCUUGGUAGAGUUAGUGUUGGAAGAGUUGUGGUUGAUAGUUUGAAGCUGGACCAGAAGAGUGCCACACCCACUCCUCGAGGGAAAUCUGCCCCAAGGAGCAGGGGAAAACCACCCAGACCAUCUCCAAAACCAAAGAGGGCCAGCACCUACUUUGUGGAGUAUCAGUUUCCAGUGGUGGCUACUUCUAGGGACAAAUAUACCCUAAAUACCAUGGCAACAGAGGUUAUGAGGGUGGCAUCUAAGAAAGUCAAAGAUGGAGUUGUGACGUUCAACCACCGUUCAGUGUUCCCUGUGCUGUUUGAUGGCACUGCUGUAGAGAAGUGGUGGAAGUCUCUCCUAGUGUUUAAAGUAUUUGCCAAAUCUGCUGGACAGAAGGUGCCAAACCUAAUAGGAACUUGUUCAAUCCCUUUGAAAGCUAUACUUAAGUCUGAAAAUUUACAUAUGGAAAGAUCUCUGGAAGUUAAGGACAGAAGAUCAUCUCUUUCAUCAACUACUACCAGUAAUACACCCAGUUCUAAUGGAAAGGCUCCUGUGAUAGGCUCUUUACAGGUUUAUGUUGAAUUAGCAUCAGACCACAAAGAUUUUUCAACAGCCCUAGCCAAAACCAAGCUAGCAGAGAUGAAAAAUCCAAAGAUUGUUCCCAUUCCACAGCCUAAACCUACCCCCCAGCCUCCCCCAGGGCUGGUGAACCCACAAACUUCAGAGCCACCAGGCAGUGUCAGCUCCCAUGCCACCCAAACAGAGCCCAGACCCACCAACAUCCAUGAGAUGCCCCUGGACCACCCCUCAGGGCUUCCCAGAGCACCCCCUACACAGCCUCCACCAGUACAGAUGCAGCCCAAACAGAUGUAUCAAAUGCCUCUAGACUACACAGGACUAGCUACAGUGCAGGACAGCAUGGAGGCUAUGACCCUCCACACCCUGUUACUAGUACCAGAGGGAAGAAAUAUCAAUCUCCAGGGGUUGCUUCCUCCACAUAUGAAUGGCAAGCAACCACCUGCUCCAAGUACGCUAGGUUGGACGGGUAGAGAUAUGGCUACCAGAAACCUGUACCUUGUGUGUAGAAUGUUUUGGUGUGAUGAUGCAGUGACUUCUAGUGUUUGCUGGGGAACUUUUAACCCAGUCUUCAAUUUUGUACAGAUUGGACCUGUAUUAGUGACUCAGUACUUAUUGGAGAGGAUGAGGAAUAACUUUAUGGUGCUGGAGGUCUGGGACAAGAAGACUGGAGCCCAGAAUGACAAGUUGGUGGGCAUUGUGAAGCUGUCCUUGCACCAGUUUUACAUGUCAUUUAGAGACAGGAAGAUUUGCAGAGCUCUGCUGAAAUCACAGUACCCAGUGGUGUCUGUGGACAACUGGCUGCCAGUACAAGACCCAUUCACAGGAAUACAGUUUGGACAGUUGAAGGUGCUGCUGGCAGUGGGAUCUGCAGAACAGGUGUCUGCACUCCAGAGACUGAAACUAGAUAAGAAUGGGGACAGUUCUAUGCCUCAGAGACCACAGCAUUAUCUUGAAAGACAACAUGUUGUGGGAGAUGUCUCCAGUAGAAGACCAGAAGACUACCCACCCACAGAGGUCUUGGUUGAGCAUGUGUUUGAGUUUGUGAUAGAGGGUGUGAAAGGCCUGAAGUUGUUUGAUGACAUGAUCUGGGGAGAGGCAGAUUGUUUCAUACAGUACCAUUUCCCUGCACAGCAGCAGACCAAGCAACCUGGGGUACCUGCCAUACAAUAUGCUGUGCCUACACUGAAACCUUUUAGGACAGCCACCACCCUGUGUAUACCAGACCCUACGUUUCAUGAAGUGACCAGACAUCGGAUUCUACUACCAGAGGGCACUCCUGUCCAGAGAGAGCUGGUUACAGCCUGUGCAGGAGCAGGGGGUGGAGGUGGUGGUGUCCCCAUUGAAGUAUGGUGCAGAUAUUACUAUCCCAAUGUCAGAGACCAAGUCAUUGCAAAGGCUGUGCUACCCCUGGCCAAGCUAUGUGCAAUGGUGACCAUGCAGAAAAGAGGAGAGCCCAGUGUCCAAACCUUCUCUCUGCCCCUGACCACACUGGCAGGAGACUCGGACAACCUUGGACCUGAGGAGAGGGCAAAGUUAAAAGAAGCUGGGUUACUAGAAGUGACUGUUCAUUACAAAACCAACACAUUGAAGGCUUCCCCAGAGGAGAAAUAUGGCACAGCCAGUCAUGCUGUGGCUUCAGCUCAAGUCUGCAUCUCUGUGGGCAUUGUCAGGGCAUCAGGACUGAAGGCUGCUGCAGUGGCUGUAGCCAGACAUGAUGAUGGAAUGCAGUAUCCAGCUGAAGUAGGGGUUAAUGCAUAUGUCAGAACCAGGCUGUCCUUCCUAUCAAAACAAGAUGAGCGUAUCACUAGGACUGUGGCCAGGACAUUUGCUCCAGAGUUCUCCUACUUCAUGGACUUCCCAUGUCCUCUGCUGUGGACAGAGGAAGACAGUGACGCCCUCUGCCUGGCCGAGAUACUGGAGACAGCAGAGGUCACCUUUGAGAUGUGGCAUCAAGUACCUGGGCUGUCUCCUGACUUAGAUGGUCAGUAUGUAUACACGGGAUCAGCAGAAGUAACUGGUAGAAAACUGUUCACAAAGACUGGAGAUGUAUUACUGGGGACAACAACUAUACCACUGCUCUAUCUUCUUACUCAUAAGACUGGUCUCCAUGGCUGGUACCCUGUCCACCUCCCAUCCCUGGGCUGGGCAAAAAAGGCUGGAAAAGAUGAAGUACAGGCAGAUGAUUCCUCCCCUCACCAUGGAAACAAAGGGCUAGAGCGUGUGGUUGGUGGACUUGAGGUGUCACUCAGGUUUGCUCACCAUGAUGACCGUGGUAGAGUGAUCCAUGCUGCCAGAGGAGUGGGUUGGGCUCCUGAGUAUGACCUGGAGGAUGACUGGGAAAGUGCAGAUGAAAGUUCAGACAGCAUAAACCAUGUAACUGUCCAUUUGGACAUGGGAGCUUUCCCACUGACCAAUGCCCUCAUAGCUGGACAAACUAAACUGGACAAGAAUGCCAGGUGCUAUGUCAGGUACAAGUUCUUUGACAAAGCUGCUACCCUGUCCAGGUUAUCUCCACUGACAGUGCAUGAAGAAGGUUACAUAGUAUCUGCAGUAAACCAUCAACAUAACCUGAACAUCAGUAGAUCUGCACCUUUCCUAUGGUAUUUGAAGGAAGAGAGACUUGAAGUUCAGUUAUGGGUGAGCUACAGUGGUAAGGAUGGAGAGAGGGCCAAGCCACGCCACAGGGACAAACUUAUAGGCUGUGCUUAUAUAGACCUGGAGAGUCUAGCAGACAGGAGGAGAAGACAACAUAGGGUUAGCGGCAUGUACCCCCUGUUCAAGCCAGGGGUGUCCAGUCUGGGGGGUGCUUUCCUCAGGGCACAUGUCACUCUGAAACCAGCAUUUGGAAGAAUGGAACAGGAAUCAGAAGAAGAGGUGACAUUUGCCAGCAGCGAUGAAAACUCUGACGUAGAAAUGUUACCCAGAUCCAGACAUGGUAAGGAAAAGGAAGGUGGAGCACACAAAAAGCAAAAGUACAAAGAUGAAGAAGAAGAUAUCAUUCCUCCAGACAAGCACAGUUUUGCAGCACAUAUCAGUAUUGAGAGGGCUUUACAUUUACCUGUAGUCACAGACAAGCACAGCCAUGAAACAGGUCCACCAAACAGCUACGUCGCCUACCAGACUGCAGAGAAAACCGUCCCAUCCCAUACUAACGUAGUCCCCAGUACAGGCUGCCCACUGUGGGAGCAUCAGCAUGAUACCAGGCUCAGCAAAGACCUGCUGUAUGGAGAGAGCAAGCAUCUGGUCUUCAAGGUGUGGCACAAACCAAAGGCAGCUUCACAGUCACCAGAUAAGUCAGUGGACAGAGUGCUAGGGUUUGUAUCUGUGGACCUGUCUCCUCUCCUGCAUGGCUUGAAGCAGAUCUGUGGCUGGUAUAACAUCAUGGACUUCAGUGGACAGUGCCAGGGCCAGAUUAAAGUCAGCGUGGUUCCCCAGGAGAUACUCCAGCCCAUAGAGAAGUCUGCACCAGAGGAGAAGACUACACCAAAGAAGCCAUUUGGAGGAAUGUAUGCAUCAUCUGCCACCUAUCCAAGUUUUCCUGCCCAUCUCUCCUGGUACCCAGAACAACAGAUACGGCUUGAAGACCAUCACUCACUGCCACCUCUGCCACCCCAUCAUGAAGAGCACUAUCAAAAUGUCAAAAAGUACCACGAACAAUUGCACCAGCAGGGGGCAGCACCAGCACAUCACCAGGCGGCACCACCAGCACAUCACCAGGUGGCACCACAGGAUCAUUACCAGGCAGCAGCAGAGAGGGAGCCACUCCAGCAGGGAAAUUCUUCCAGUUCUUUCCUUUUCUCAAAUCUCAGGUCCAAUAUGCGUGAUUUGGAUGAUAUCACAAGAAGACUGCAGUUCAAGUUGGCAAGUUCUAAAUGGCCAGAUGAGCUGACAUCACAACAACAACAACAACAGCAACAACAAAGACCACAGACACAACCCGAACGACAUGGUAGACACAAACAAAACUCACACAAUCCAGUAGCUGGAAUUGUACACCAAACUGUGCAGGAUAUGUUUGGAAGUACAGACAGGCCCCAUCUUGAAAGAGAAGGUGAAGUGACACCUGUUGAGAGCCUUGGACUACUUUCUGGCAGCAAAAUGCCUCAAACUGGGCCUGGCUCAGGCAAAGGUGAAGAAUCUCAAGGUGAUCAAAGACCACACGCUCUUUUGUCUCCAAAGCUUGCAGCUAAGUUUCCAUCAUACAAUCCUGAGAAACAGACUUCUGGUGAGGAGCCCUCCAGACCUGACAAAUUAAAACACACAGUUCAGGACCCAGUUAAUGGAAGAGAAGGCAGUGUGGUUACAAAAUUGCAAUUCGACGACAUACCUCCAAGACCACAUAAAGCACAGCCUACAGAUAGGACUGAUUUAGACGUUCAACUGAGAGCAAUGUCUCCUGCCUCUUCACUUCUCUCAGUACAUGAUAGUGAUGAUGAUGAUGAAAUUUUGACAGGAUGGAAACAGAGGCCAAGUUCCUCAGAAGGUGAAGAAGAUGUGGAAAAUGAGGACACAAGUUUUGUGGUCCCUAAACCUCUCAAUGAUAUCUCUAGCUGGGGACUAGAGGAAAGGACAGGCAAACUGCCACAGCCAGCUGAGUUCAAACCAGUAGGGCCUCCUAAAGUUCAAAGGUUUAGUGAGAAGGAUAGCUGGCUAAGUGAUGCUUCCAUUGCUCCUGAACAGUCACGUCUUGACAAGACAUCGCCAGUGACCUCUGUUGGCCAACAUCUGUUACAUGAUGAAGUUCAAAGAUCUGAAGAAGAGGAUCAAGAAAUAGAGGCAUUUUUCACGAACCCGCCCCCACCUUCAGACAGGCACUCUCCCUCAGUGGUUCCAACUGGUGACAGGCACAGACAGGUUGAAUCCAGAGAGGAGACCUCAGCCUCCAACACGCCCAGCCCCAUCCUGCCACCACCAUCUCAUCACAAACAACAGGAGUUGACUGGAGCACAGUCCAGCAGCACCCUGAGGACACCCAGUCCAGUUAGUCCAGUGUUCAUGACAAAUACUGAAUAUGAUCACCAGGUUCAUUUCACACCAGAGAAAGGACUUAGCGGGACCCCAACACCAUGUUCCUCUGACCUGGACAGCCAGCAACAUUAUUCACCUCGUACAGUGCCACCUUUAGGUAGAUCUGAUGUAAGACAGGCCCAACACAGUGGUGAAUUGACCUCUCAUGGUCCUGUCUUGACCAAGAGAGGAGAGGAGAGGUAUAUGAGAGAUGUGGACACUGAUAAUAGACUUAAUAAAGAGAAAGGCAAGUCUCCUGUAAAAGCAGAACCUAGAUUCUCUGAAAGAGAUCAGGAUCAAGACUCCAGCAGUGAAACGGAAGUUCUACCUUUAUCUAGAGCACCUGCAGAUCUAAAGGAGAACAUACCACCAAGAUAUCAGGAAUUAUCCCAGGCAGCCACCGUUCCAAACUUCUUCCUGCCAGCCCAGGACCUGGAGGCUUCCAUGAGGGCACUGCAGAUGGCCACUGCUCUCCAUCCUAGACCAGAACCAAGGAGGCAGGACAUUAUAGAUCAAGCUCCUCAAGAUCCCAGAACAGAACAAAAAGCAAAAGCUGCCAAUGAACUGGUAAACAGACUGUCUUCCAAACCAGGCAACAAGCCUAAGAUGCCUUUAUCAGUAAAAAGCAGACCUCUUCCCACUGCAGAAGAGACAAAGCGAAUAGCAAAAAUAUUUUCAUCAAAUCUUUCAUGAUUUAAAGUUCAUAAUUAUCUACACAGUGAUACUGUUAUCCACUUCACCCAACAGGUUUUACCUGAAUUAAGUUAAUGACAUUUUAGCCAAAGCUUUCAAAAAUGACUGCCAAUGCUCAGGUAAAUAAUCUUUUUCAAACAGUAUAUUUAUUAAAAUUCAUGGAAGUAGAAUCUUGGACAAUGUUUGUGUAACAAUUACAGAUGUAUAAAUAUUCAUGAUUUACAUUGACUUAAAUAUGUAUGAGAAUGUAAUGAGAUGACAUUCAAUUAUAUUUGAGUGCAGUUUUUAUACACACUGCAGUUAUUUUGUUCAUUCAUGAUCUUUAGGGAAAAGAAGACUAUUUAUUAAAUUAAUAAAAUAAAAAGAUUCCUUGCCAAACAAAGCAUACCAUUACAGUUAACGUUACAUUUUCUUGUAAGAACACCAUAAUGUCUAGAGAGAUUGGCAUUAAAUUAAAAAUGACUGCAUCAAAAUGAUUUGCUGUCGUAAAAUAUUUAGUACAGUUAAAUCUAACACAAGAUCUCUGA